AUGCCGCCUAAGAUCGAGGAAUUGCCCAUCAAGAGCGAGCCGGUUCCAAGUGGGAACAAAGAGGUAAAGAAUCCCUUUGCCUCAAAGAAGAAAUCCACAAUAAGAAGAAAUGCACAAGAUAUUUAUCCAGAUAAAAAUCGAAAAGGUCUUAAUGUACCAGAUUACUUGGGCAAUUCGCCCCUUGACAAGCUGUUCCAAAGACUUCAGAAAGUAGUCGAGGGGGACUUGGAUGAUAUUGAUAUUUCAACUUUACAAGAUCGAAUGUUGGAGUCAAGCUUGCCAGAAUUUGAACUGCAUUAUAAGGUUAUAGAAAAGUUGUUAGAUCAUUUAAUUGAAAUUCGGGAUCUUUCGAAUAAAAGUGAAGCAGUUAACGGAGACGAAAAUCUCAUCAAGAUAUCGCUUCAUGAUAUCAAAACUUUCGGGAAGCUAGUCAAUUUGAUAAUAAUCCAUGGUAUAUAUCCGGCACUUGGUAGUUUUAGAAUUGGGAUUCCCUUUGAGAAGAGAAGACUAAAUGAUUUUGCAAAGAGUAAGAAACCCAUUAAGAUAAAAAAGCUACCCGAAGUACCUGGAGCAAAGUCUUAUAAAGAAAAAUUCGGUAACAGUGAACGGUUACUAAGGUUAAUUUACUCUAAGCUUAAAAUAAUAUUUUCAGAAAAAUCUGAUGUUCAGGAACUUUUAAUCAAGGGUACAGGGUAUUCUGAUUUCCUAACGGUUUCAGCAGCUAUGAUAACAAUUCCAUAUUUCGCCAGCCAUGACAAACCACAACUUUUAUCAGAAUAUAAUGAUUUUGUCACCCGCCUCCCCGAUACCUUUGAACUAUUUCAAACCUAUUCUUUACUAAUAACUACCCCAAGCCCUCCAUACUUUAAGCAGUUUAUAAUGUCAAAGUUGCUGACACUUCAUUAUGAUGCAGACGAUGGGAUAUCGGUACUAUGUGAAUUUAUCUUAGGGUUGCGUGACAGUGAAGAAAUUAACAUUGAAAAAUUCGAAAACGUUUCUAAUGUAAUCUUACUGAAGCCAAAAUCAAUAAACACUGUUGAUUAUUUUAAAAAAAUCGGAGUGCAAAUUUAUACCCAACUCGUAAAUAUUGACAAACCGGUCAUCACAAGUUGUUUGGGGUUUGUGAUUGACAGGCUUUGGAAUAAAAAUCAGCUUGUCGCUAGGGAUUUCAUCUUCAAACAUGUAUGGAAGAACUUUAAUCCAGAAAAUAAUAGCCAAUCGCUGGUUCUAGUUGGUGAAGCCGCAUUGAAUAACAAUAUUAACGUUUUGAUAUCUUUGACAAAAAGCAACUUGUCAGGGGAAUUAUUGUCCAAUAUCUUACAGCCGAUACUCUUACCGAUUUGGUCAUACUACACUUUUUUAAAAUCAAAUUCAAAAUCAACAGAAGUAAUUUCACAGAUUCUUAUCAGUUAUUUUACAAUUACUAGCACCAUAGAGAAUGAGAACUCCUCCAUUGCACUCAAUGACCUUAACAACAUAUCAAAAAAUCUUUUGAUAAUGGGAAGUGAGUACUGGCAAUUUGAAUUCGGUCCUAAUGGUUUACUUCAAAUUGUGAAAGAUUCUGGAAAUCCAUUAGGCGAAUCAAGCUCAAAUAAAAUCAAUUCAUUUUUAGACAAACUUGACCUGGCUUGUGUUUAUUUUACCGACCUUUUGAAAGAACUUGACGAUGACUUAAUUCAAGGUUUAUUUGCUCUUAUUUUGAAAAGAUGGUUAGGAUUGGAAGAAAAUGCACUUGAAGUAAGUUUUGAUAGUAAAAAUGAAGAUGCUUUCUUUGUGUUAAUAGACUUACGAUUAUUAGAGAAAAUGGGUAAUGAAUUCAAAGAUAGUUUGGCAAAAACUCCACUGGAGAUGUUAGAAAUUGUGAAGAGUUUCCUUUUGCUCAAGAAGAAAGAGGCGUCCAAACCUUCUAGACCACAUGAAAGAAUUGUUGACUCUGAUGAUGAUUCAGAUGAUGAAGACGUUGAAGAAGAAUUAUCUUCAAAUAUAUUACCUAUUGUUUUAGAGCUUUUAUCGGUAAUUUUAUCUGAAGCAAGUGAUUUAGAUCAAAAAUCCAAUGAUUUACUACGUGACAUACAAAAAUUAUUAAAAUCUCUACUGAAAUCUCAAAGUGAAUCCCAAACAAUCAGUAAUUCAAUUCAAGCAUUACAUGAUCGUAUCAAAAUAUUAUUGGAUGGUGAUACUAAACCCACCAGUACUAGUGAUCUUCAUUCUAAGAUCUUCAAGCGAGCCAUCACUAGUUUGAACGAUCCUCUUGUUCCAAUAAGAGCUCACGGCCUUUACUUACUCAGACAACUAAUCGAACUUAAAAGUUCAGUGAUUUCGUUAGACUUUGUUAUAAACCUUCAUUUAAUUAAUUUGAAGGAUCCCGAGCCGUAUAUUUAUUUGAAUGUGAUCAAGGGACUAGAAAGUCUUUUAGAGUUUAACGAACGUGAUGUUCUACCACAUCUCAUAUCAAUUUAUUUGAAUAAGCAAGGGGAUACAGAGUUAGAUGAAAGACUAAAGGUCGGAGAGGUUCUUCUUAGAUAUAUCCAACUUAAAAACGAAAUGUUCUCGGGAGAUAUGGCAGCUUUAGUAUUUAGUGCAGGGAUUUCAUUAAUUCGUGUCAGCAAAGAUGAAUCUGAUAUAGUUGAUGAUAGAUUAAGAAUGUCUGCAAUGUCAUUAUUGGGUACUUGCUGUAAUACAAAUCCAAUUGGUGUUAUUGAUAAACUUACGGAUGCUCUUGAUUGUGUUUUUGGGAUUUUGCAACUUGAAACUUCUAAAGAUAAAGCUAUAAUGAGAAGAUCAGCCAUUGUUUUGAUAAAUGAUUUAAUUCUAGGUACUUCAUCUUCCGACAAAAUUAGUUUCCCUCGAGAAUAUCAAGAGAAGGUGACUACAAUUCUUAGAUAUAUAGUUGAAACUGACAAUGAUUUAUUAGCCAAAGAACAAGCUCAAACGGUGCUUGAUACUAUCGAUUACUUAAUCAAGGCAAGUAUUCAAACAAUAAAAGAAUAG